UCACAUAAUUCAUGACUGGGGUUUCGGUCCCGACAGAAAAUGUUCAGGGCAGCACGAACUGGAUUAAAUGAUAAGGAGUAAAAGGGACACGCCGCAAACAAAGCCCAGAAACCAUUUUUUUCCCCCCCAGUGUUAUGCCCGUGAACCCGUGUGGUCUGCAUUUGACUGGAAAUGGGAGCAUUAACGAGCAGACAAAACAUAGGCGUGGAAGAAGUGGACAUUCCGUCCAAUUCGGUGUACCGUUAUCCACCCAAAUCUGGAAGUUACUUCGCCAACCAUUUCAUCAUGGGGGGAGAGAAGUUUGACUCCACCCAUCCGGAGGGUUACCUGUUCGGGGAGAACACAGACCUUAACUUCCUGGGGACCAGACCUGUGGCGUUCCCGUACGCAGCCCCUCCACCUCAGGAACCAGUGAAGACGCUACGAAGCCUUAUAAACAUCCGCAAGGACACGCUGCGGCUCGUACGGUGCAGCGAGGACCUGAAGCUGCCGGGUGACGAGGCGGCCGUGAAGAACAGGGCCUGCUACAACAUAGAGUUCACCUUCGAUGCCGACACACAGGUGGCCAUAACCAUCUACUACCAGGCCAUCGAAGAGUUUCACAACGGAGUGCCGGUGUACCUGCCUCAGGACAGCUCUCUGCAGUCGGAGACGGUGCACUUCAAGAGGGGAGUGUGCCAGCAGUUCUGUCUGCCCUCACACACCGUUAACCUCAGUGAGUGGGCUGAUGAGGAGCUGCUGUUUGAUAUCGACAAAGAGAUUUUCCCGAUGGUGGUCCAGGCGGUUGUAGACGAAGGGGAAGAACAUUUGGGACACUCUCACAUACUGUUGGCAACUUUUGAAAAGCACAUGGACGGGAGCUACUGUGUGAAGCCUCUGAAGCAGAAACAAGUGGUGGACGGAGUGAGCUAUCUCCUGCAGGAGAUCUAUGGGAUAGAGAACAAAUACAACAGCCAAGAAUCAAAGGUCGCCGACGAUGAGAUCAGCGACAACAGUGCCGAGUGUGUGGUGUGUUUGUCGGAUGUGCGAGACACACUUAUCCUGCCGUGCAGACACCUGUGUCUCUGCAACGCCUGCGCAGACACUCUGCGCUACCAGGCCAACUGCUGCCCCAUCUGCAGACUGCCAUUCAGAGCUCUGCUGCAGAUCCGAGCCAUGAGGAAGAAACUGAGUCCUCUGUCACCCACCAGCUUUAACCCCGUCAUCACGUCGCAGACCUCUGACUCAGAGGAGCACUCGGCGUCAGAGCACAUCCCGCCGGGCUACGAGGCCGUGUCUCUCCUGGAGGCCUUGAACGGCCCCCUCAACACCUCCUCUGUUGUUCCUCCUCCUCUCCACUCCGGCCCCAGCCACGUCUCCGGAGCACUGCCCCCCUACAGCAGCGAGCCUCACCCAGCACCGGCCCGCUCCGUCUCCCCUCUAGACCACUCCAACUCCAGUCAGGGACUCAAACUCAAGAAGAGUGGUUCAAAGUCACUUUCCCAGAAUUCCUCUGUGCUUCCUGAAGAGGAGGACGAGAAGUCUUGCAGUGAAUCCGAGGCCUGUCGACACAAACUGGCUGUGGACCAGCAGGAGAACGGAGUGACUCCAGACAGCGAGAACCUGACUCUCUCCUCGUCCGGAGCAAUCGACCAUUCCUCCUGCACUGGGACCCCGCUCUCCUCCACCAUCACCUCCCCUGAAGACCCCGUGAGCUGCAGCCUGGUCCAGUCAGUGAUGUCGAUGGCCUCCUCCCACUCGCAGCACUCCCACAUCAGCAUUGACACCAUGUCCUCCAUGUCAGGGUCCUACCUGGCCGGGGCCGAGGGCGAGCCCGGGGACGACGGGGGAGACGCGGAGGCCGAGGAGAACCAGGACGCCCCCAUGGAGAGCCGAGGACCGUCGCAGCAGGACGGGGAGUUUUCCCAGGAGCAAAAGGAACAAAACUACUCACUGCAAAACUACUCACUGGCCGUAGAGGAGCAGGACUCAGAGGGAAAUGAUGUCACGGAGGAGGACUGUUCCUCUCCAUCUAAUGGGAAAGGUGGGCGGAGCAGGUGUCCAGAGUUGGCCAAUAACAAUCAGGGCGUCGCCCUCUGUGACACGCCCUCUUUGGGUUUGGAUAAUGAGCAGGCUUCCGACAGCCGAUUCGCCGGUCUGAUGUACCUGGGGGGCUACAGGCCUGUUUUGGAGCCCCGUCCCCACCACACCUCCACCAGCAACAUCAACCUGGAGGAGCAGGGGGCGGAGAACCGGGACGGCCAGAGUCCUAAACAUCCCCGCCGCGGACCACUCAUUGUGUAACACCCCCGACAGGCCCACUCUCACACCCAACAAAAGCCCACAGACUUACACGUCCAGAGUCAGCUCUUUUACUCGGCCAUCGUGCUGCAUCGCUGGACACUGUCCUCACUGAACAGGGAAACAUCCCCCCUCCCCGCCCACCCCUCCAUCAGUGUCAACAUUUCCUGGAUUUCCUCGUUGCUGGCGCUAAAACUCCUCUUGAGCGGAAAGAGGAGGGAAGAGGAUCAACAAGGCUUCAGCAGUCAGUCCUCUGUGCACUUUUAUCUCACAGGAGUGUUUUUUUUUUUUUUUUUGUUAGUGACGUUAUUAUUUAUUACCUGUAGGUCUGACCAAUGAGAGCUUUGUAUUGUGACUCUAUCUUUAGAACAAACACAUGCUGCUCCUCUCCUCCCCUUUCCUCUCCUCUCUUACCAGCCAAACAGUCAGGGGCUACUGUGAUCGGCAAUCGGAUUUAUUACCUAUGUGUUUCUUCUUCUCUGUUGUAAACUGUCUGUGGAAUGAGAGGACACUACAUAAAUGUCAGCUCUCACCGGACUACCUUACCUUAGCAAAACUUUAAAAAAAAAACAAAAAAAAAAACGUGCUGACUCCUCUCCUCGGAUCAGGGAGCUCCUGUCUCGACUUCGCAUGCAGCUUUUUUUUUCGACUCCUCUGCCGACGUUUGUCCUCUCGCCUUUAUUUCCAAACACCUCUGCUGAAUGUGAACACAGACGCAAGGCGGACUUGUGAGUUUGGCGCACGGGCCAAGAAGUGGCGGCCAAAGACGGAACAGAAAUGGACUGAAAAGCAAAACUUCACGCAGAAUGUAGGACAAUGCAGAAGGGGAAUGUACGUGACAUCCAAACACGCCAACUUAACUGGAUUAAAACAUAAACUUUCAACCCUAAUCUGGUUCUCCAACCACACACACACACACUUACCACACCACUUUCUUCUUCUACAGCUCAUCUUAGCAUGUCAGUAUUAUCGUAGUGCAACUGGAAAUCAACAACGACCACCAAGCAAUAAAGAUGACAAGCUGCAUCUCCUGUUUCUCCCACAGGAGGACGCUCACGUUCUGUUCAAACAAAAACUGUUUGCACCCCGGCCUGUUGUACUCGAAUCCGGACAUUGCGGUGUGUUUAAAUAUUAUUUUGUAGAUUUUUUUUUUUUUUUUUUUGCCGUUGUGAAAGGGAUUUAAAGCGAGAAUAACAUCUUACCGUGCGAUUUGAGUUUUCAGCCAACGCUGCGGUAAGCCGGCUUUUUGUUCAUCCAUCGUAUUCCCCUCGUUAUUAUCACCCCCAAACGGGACGCCGUCUCCUCAUUUGUGAACCUUUUCACUUCUUUUGGUUUUGUAUAACUUUAAUGUAUUGAUCACCUGUCGUUGCCCCCCCUUGUUUUUGUGUUUUAUUUGUUGCAAAUCACUGUGUUGUUUAUUAGAAUGUGGAUGAAAAUAUGUGAACAGUUUGUAAAGGUCUACACACUUUGCGCGCUCACAUAGCAUAAACUCAAAAGGGACAAUAACAACGUUUAAUGCACUACUUGCUGUUUCCUAGAAGACACGUUUCGGUGCAUGAGGCGAUAGUAAAGUAAGCAUGUUAGUCUAGGUCAGCCUGCACCCUCCUGUAGAGAACUUGAUGAUGGAUCACUGCGCCCACGUUAAAACAUACCAUAUCCUUCUGCAGUGUUAUGUACCUGUUGCUGGCUCUGGUUCUGCACUACUAUAUCCAAGCUGCAAACAGUCAUGUUGUCACAGUCCAGAUGUGUAGAUGAGGCCAACAGUCUCAGUAUGAUAUCAAAGGAAUGGGUCUGGACCCCACUUUUGUAGAAUUAAGAGUGACAAUGUCAGAGAAAUCAUCAAAUGGACAAUAAAGGUUUUUGCAUCGAAA